AUGUGUCUGUCCAUUGGUUCAGAUGAAAUUUCACAAAAGGCCAAAAUCGCAAAAAAUUAAAUAGAAAUCAAUCAAACUUCGUUUUUGAUGUUUAAGAAGAUUCUGAUCAUGUUCGGGAAAUUGAGGCAACUCUCUACAUCACAAUAUUAUCAGAUGUGUGGAACAUACAGGGUUUGUCCGGAAAGUAAUAGGACUGAGUCGAUUUAAAAAAAAUUUAUUGAGCCAAUCGUUACAAUUCUUCAAAAACUAGGCUCCUUCUGCGUCGAUGCAGCGCUGCCAGCGCGAUUUCCAAGCAUUGAGGCGCAUUCUCCGGAAUAG